AUGGGUGAUCGAAACUUUUCUGAUUCUAAACAGAAUCACAGCAAAGAACGUAAUAAUCUGCCUUUGAAUCGAUGCUCUAACAACGAAUGCAAUGCAAAACACUGCUCCAGAAAACGAAAUUUACCAUUUAAUUCGGAUAUUUCAGAGGAGCAAAUACGCAAACAAUCUUCAUCUGAAGAGGACGAUGAACUUGAUACAGCAAGCAAUUUUUUUGAUGAAGAUGACGAUGGUGACAAUUCGAGUACAACUGAAGAACCAGAACAAGAUAAAUCCUAGGGUGAAAUUGGUAUAGGUUACCAGUUUCACGGUCAUACUACCACUAAUUUCAACAAUACUACACGCUGUUUUCCAAGUGGUACUGGUUCCAUUUGUCACCAUUCCCAACAGUUAGCUUACACUGGACAUAUGCCAGUCAGUUCACAUUAUGUGGUCAGCUGUAGCACGGUGCCAGGUAAUAGUAUUAGCGGUAGUGAAAGUUCAUACGGAUGUAUUAAUGGUAUAACUACCACAGCAACAAACGGAAUAAUGAAUCGAAGUAUAAAUCAGCAGGGUUUCAAUGCAAUUGAAUCGUUCAUUCGACCUCCAUUCAACAAUUCAAAACCAACAAUUUGUAAUUUUGGUUUAAGUCGUACUAUGAUGUAUGGUAGUUUUGGUCAUUCAUUACCAUCACUGCAUGGUAUGCCUGUGCUUGCUUCGGAAGUAUUUUGUGCGGUACCUGGCCGAACGUCAUUACUCAGUUCCACUACAAAGUAUCACGUCACCAUUGGAGAGAUUUAUAGGCGUAUCUCACCACCAGAAUGUCUGAAUGCUUCUCUACUUGGAGGGAUUUUACGAAAAGCUAAAUCAAAAGAUGGCGGCAAAACUCUGCGCGAUAGUUUGAAACGAGUUGGAUUAACAUUACCGGCUGGACGACGAAAAGCUGCUACUGUCACAGCAUGGACAGCCUUAGUGGAAGAGGAAGCAUUACAAAUGGCUAAAGAUUUUGCGGCACUUAGUGAGAAUGCAUUCCCUAUGCGACAAAUUGCUGAAUUUGUUUGCAACCGAAUGAUUUGGCAGGAUGAUCCGCGCGAAUGUUCUACCUUUAUCGAGCAUACAAGAUUAUUUAUUAAAGAAUUAUCGGAAAUUGUCAAUGGUGAACAUUCCGGGAUAACGUUUGACAAUCAAUCGAAUCCGAAUUCAUUAACCGCCCCAGCUAUACAACAUGGUCUUGCACAUUUCUCCUUGUUAACGCAUGGUUUUGGACCUAUGGCAUUUGUUACAGUAUUUGAUACAUUAAUUGCAAUGCUUGAUGAAAUGCUAAAAUGCUAUGAUCGAAAUGAACUACAUUUAAAUAUUCCAUUAUCGGAGAUAUCCAUAAUACCUUCGAAUCGCUUCACUUAUAGCAAUAGCAUAUAA